CCCCUUGCGGGGAAUGUGUUUCGGAAGGCAAGCUUGCAGGCGUCCUGUGUGUUUACGCUUGCCUUGUGUCAGUUUGGACAGUGCUUGAGGCGAGCUGCAUACACAACGCUGCAUGUACACAUUGUACAUUGAGGGAGGGGUUGACAGGGCGAGACAAGGACGGAAGAGGCCUUGCAGGGUGGCGUGCACGGAGCCAUGAAUGAACGCGUGCACACGUUUGGAGGUUUUCGAGGAAAUGUUUGCAGUUGAUGGAGCCUCCUGCACGCCGUGUUAGUCUCUUUACCGUCUCAUAUUGUGUCUCACACUUCCUGGGAUGGAGUAACGUCGCGCACGCCGCACGCCGAUUUUUUUUUUUAAUAUAAACGAAGGAUCGGUGAUCAACUAACAUCGCUCUCCAUGGUUUUCGAAAGAGAGAUGGAUGCCAUCGCCAACAGCAUGCAGAAGAAGGCUGCGGAGCUGGAGCGGCUGGCAGAGGUGCUCGUCACCGGGGAGCAGCUCAGGUUGCGGCUCCACGAAGGGAAGGUCAUUAAGGACCGACGGCAUCACUUGCGAACGUACCCCAACUGCUUUGUGGGCAAAGAGCUCAUUGAUUGGCUGAUUGAACACAAGGAGGCCUCCGAGCGUGAGACAGCCAUCAAGAUCAUGCAGAAGCUUCUGGACCAAAGCAUCAUCCACCACGUGUGCGACGAGCACCGGGAGUUCAAAGACAUGAAGUUGUUCUACCGCUUCCGUAAGGACGAUGGGACCUUUCCACUAGAUAACGAAGCCAAAGUCUUCAUGAGAGGGCAGAGGAUCUAUGAGAAGUUGAUGAACACAGAGAACAGCAUCAUACAGAGCAGGGAGGAGGAAGGCGGGAACUUCGAGCGGACGUUGGUGGCUUCCGAGUUCGUUGACUGGCUUCUGCAGGAAGGGGAGAUGGCGACCAGGGAGGAGGCGGAGCAACUGGGGCGGCGCCUGCUUGAACACGGGAUCAUCCAGCACGUCACAAACAAGCAUCACUUUGUGGAUGGACCGCUCCUCUUCCAGUUCAGGAUGAACUUUCGGCGGAGGCGACGGUUAAUGGAGCUUCUCCAGGAGCGGGGUCGCGGCAUUCCCGAGAGCCACGACAGCCCCUUCUGUCUCCGCAAGCAGAACUCGGACGGAGGCAACACCAGUUUUCUCUCAGUGAGUCCGACUAAAGAGAUCAAGAUGGUAGUCGGAGUCCGCCGCAGUAGCAUGAGCAGCAGCUGCGGCAGCAGUGGUUACUACAGCAGCAGUCCCACGCUCAGCAGCAGCCCACCGGUCCUGUGCAACCCCAAGUCCGUUCUGAAGAGACACGUGAGUCCAGAGGAGCUCCAGACGCCAGGAGGACCUUUUCUCAAGAAGACAUUCACUAUCGUAGGCGAUGCUGUGGGCUGGGGCUUCGUCGUACGAGGCAGCAAACCCUGUCACAUCCAGGCGGUGGACCCCGGGGGACCCGCAGCAGCUGCUGGCAUGAAGGUUUGCCAGUUUGUGGUCUCAGUCAACGGCUUGAACGUCCUCGCUCAGGACUACAGAACUGUGAGCAACCUGAUCCUUACUGGCCCCAGGACAAUCGUCAUGGAAGUCAUGGAAGAGAUAUGACUGUUUGAGCGCGGCCGCUUAAAAGAAACGUGCAGUGGGAAUACCCCGGCUUCAGUGAAAGCCACCUGGAUGGAGAAAGCAGGUGAACCCUUGCACCUGCUGUCCUGUUCUUGUCCUCGGCAUCUCAAAGCACACAAACAAUAAGUCAGGAAGGAUGCAGUCUUCUGGAUUCUACUCCUCUACUUUUAAAUUCAGAGGACGGACGGUCCACAUCUCAAAGUGACACUUUGGAGAUGAAUGGGUGACAAGUUACAUCUACAAGAGAUGAAUUACCACCUCCAGUGACCUUUUCCCUCGCUCGUUCCCCAAUUAGUCAAUGGCAGCUUCGAAGAGACCAACGCUGCCCUCUUCUGGCGCAGGCACACACACACACACACACACACACACACACACACACACACACACACACACACACACACACACACACACACACACACACACACGCACGCGCGCGUGCGCAUCCAGCCACAUUGAAUUGAAUUAACAGGAAAUGUGACGUGAUAAUACCGUAUGAACCUAGUUACAGUGUAUUCAAGAAGUUGAAUCAAAGAAACUAUGAUUUAGUCAAAUGAGGCUUCUUAACAUUUAUUCAGGCUGAUGUUGGGUCAGCACGAUAACUAUAAGCUCUGAAAAAAAACCCCCAAAAAAACUGCAUUAUAGAUUACCUAAUUUUUUUUAAAGCACACUGGUUCAUAAUAACAAUAUAAAAAUUCCAUUUGUAUGGCCUAAUAAGACACUUUGUAAAACAUACUGUAAGGGUUAUCCAAAAAGUGACAAUCAUGGCACACAAUAAAUGUACAGAUGAAAUUGAAUUCUUAAAAUGUGUACAGUACUCACAAAUCAAUUUAAUACUAGCAUCAAAUUAUGGAAGACUCCCGUGGAUUAGCACCACAAAACAAUUUGAGCUAAUUUUCUGACAUAAAUUUGCUAUUUAAAUGUGGCAGGUUAUAAAUGGAGAUCAUUGGGUGGGCUUAGACCAAUUUGUCAUGGGCUAUAUAACAGCCCCGAUCCACAUUGGAUAGUCAGGGUAAAUACACAACUGAAUGUAUUGCCGACG